GAAUGUUCAACACGGAGAGAUAACUGCCACACUAAUGCUGACUGUAUUAACAACCCUGGGUCCUAUAUUUGCAAAUGUAAAUCUGGCUACCAAGGGUCAGGGUGGACGUGUACAGACAUAAAUGAAUGUUCAACACGGAGAGAUAACUGCCACACUAAUGCUGACUGUUUAAACAACCCUGGGUCAUAUAUUUGCAAAUGUAAAUAUGGCUACCAAGGAACGGGGAGAACCUGCAGAGAUAUAAACGAGUGUACAACCGGAAGAUAUAGCUGCCACACACAUGCAGAAUGUAUCAACACUGUUGGUUCCUAUUUAUGUAGAUGUAAACGUGGAUACCAAGGCGAUGGACAAUCAUGUUCACAGAUCGCGGUUAACGAAUGUGAAUUGGGUGUGGAUGACUGUGGCUUUAAUGCUGACUGCAUAGAUACUAAAAGUUCUUAUAUAUGUCAAUGCAAGCCAGGUUAUUUUGGAAAUGGGAUAACAUGUUCAGAUUUGGAUGAAUGUUCAGCUGGCAAAGACAAUUGUGACAGAGAACAGAUUUGUAGGAACACCCCGGGCUCUUUUGAUUGUAUGUGUAAACCGGGCUUUAAAAAUGAUAAUGGAAUGAGAUGUUUAGAUAUAAAUGAGUGUGACACUAAUACACAUAGAUGUCACAGUGACGCUUUAUGUUAUAACAAUUAUGGUUCAUACUAUUGCUCGUGCAAAAACGGCUACAGCGGGGAUGGACUCACUUGUCUAGAUGACGACGAAUGUAUAAUGGACAAGUAUGACUGUAGUCCGAAGGCACGAUGUAUAAACACACAGGGGUCAUAUACAUGUGCGUGUUUAACUGGUUAUUGGGGAGAUGGUAGAACAUGCACUGAUAUAAAUGAAUGUUCAAAUUCAAAUAUUAACAAUAGGCACGAUUGCUCGUCUGAUGCCACUUGUAUUAAUACCAUUGGCUCAUACAAAUGUAAAUGUAGACCGGGAUUAAAAGGAGAUGGAAAAUUGUGCAGAGAUAUCGAUGAGUGUUUUACAUUAGUAAGUGAUGAGAGGCAUACUUGUCCUCCCGAAGCAACCUGUUCAAAUACUUGGGGUUCCUACACGUGUGAGUGCAGAGUGGGCUUCCAGGGGGAUGGGGAAGUAUGCAAAGAUGUUAAUGAAUGUUCAAAUUCUGAUGUGAAUUUAAGACAUAGCUGUCAUAAAAACGCAUUAUGCGAGAAUACAGUAGGCUCCUAUACGUGUACAUGUAAACCAGGAUAUAAAGGAGAUGGCAGAGAAUGCACUAGAGAUGAAACAUCUUUCACUUUCGCUUGCCCGACAUUCAGUAUUUUGAAUGGCAAAGUGAAAUUUCUUGAACGUGAAAACCGAUCCGUAGCUAGGAUAAGCUGCAAGAAGGAUUACAUUUUAUCUGGGGAGAACAGACUUGUUUGCAAGAAAGAUGGAAAAUGGCACAAAGAAAAACCAAUCUGUGAAAGUAUUCUUGAGAUUCGGAACAAUGACCCUAGUCCAGACACGCACUGUAGUCAUUUCAAGUAUGGACGAGCGGAAGGAGACAAAAAAACUAAGAAAUUCACUCCAGUCAAAACAAUUCGACCCAUCAAAUAUUUUGGAGUUACCCACCAUGAGAUAUACAUCAGUCAGUUGGGGCAUGUGGCAUUCGAUAGAUCAGCUAGAAAGGUAGCUCCGGACAAUAUGGCAAACUAUUCAAUGAUAGCUGGGUUUAUCCAAAGUGAACCAGAGAGGUUCCACGUGUAUCAUCAAAUAUACGUAACACAAGCAGACAUCCUUGAAUGUGCUAAUGCAAAGGUCGUCGCCCAAUCUGCAAAUGAGGAGUUUAAGGCAGAACAACUUAUUGUUAUAACGUGGACUAACGAAGAUACUCUCUGCCCCAAUUGUACGGAGAUUGUCAUUGUUCAGUUGGCCUUAGUAACAGGAAAUGGUGGAUUAACAUAUGUCAUAAUGGACUACAGUAUGUCCAAGUCAGCUGGUGCGAAGAAUUUGGGUACAUCGAUUGAACACUCAGCAGUGUAUGCAGGUGUGACCUCUGAGCCUGGACAUAUAGAAUAUGUUAUCCCAGCAUCAGGAACACGUGGCUUUAACAGAUUUGCAACAAUGGAAGGAAACAUAAAAACCGGAGUUUGGUUGUAUCCCUUGAUCUCCCAAAGGGAUUACACAUGUGAGGCUUGGCUGGCCAGCGAAGACCUUGGUUUUAUAAGAGAAGUGAUUGUGCCAAACACACCUGCUUGUGCAUGUACAUUGGCUGAUAUACAGAUGGAUAACAGUUUUAUACGAACGUCUGAAUCCGGCGUUGCCGUGUGUUAUAGUCUUAUUAACGUAACUAAUGAAGGAUCUGGUCAGGAAUGCUGCUAUAGAGCAAAAGCCAAGGAUGGACUUAAGCCACAAGGGUCCUUAAUUGAAUCUGGAAAAAAUGGCGGCCAUUUACAACGAUACCACUAUACUCAAACACCAACCUUACACAAUAUAUUUGAUUUGGACACAGGAGACAUAUGCUGCAAUGGUGCACCAACAUGUAAACACUAUAACAAAUUAAGACCUAUAAAUAAGUGUAACAGAAAAACUGCUAAUAGACAUACAUAAUCAAAAUAGUUCACAUUGAACCUAUAUAAAAACAUCAAUAAAAGUUACAAUUUGAUUUUAA